CAUGGAAUUCUGAUCUUCGGUAAAAUUCGUGCAUAUCGCCGGUAGAGUCACGAAUAUUCUAGAUUUCUAGAUAACAAGCAAUUUGAAAAUCUACAUUCUUAUUUCAUUUGUCUCACGACUUGACAGACAUAAUCCAAAAAAUGGCCAACGCUGUGAAGAAAUUAAUUCCGCUGCUCGACAGAGUUCUUAUUAAGAGAGCAGAAGCAGUUACAAAAACGGCGGGCGGUAUCGUAAUUCCAGAAAAGGCGCAGUCCAAGGUACUUCAUGGAGAAGUGGUCGCAGUAGGCAACGGGUCAAGAAAAGAUAAUGGAGAGUUCAUCCCCGUGCUUGUGAAAGUAGGUGACAAAGUUCUUCUACCAGAAUACGGCGGCACCAAAGUUAGUCUAGAAAACGACGAAAAGGAAUACCAUCUCUUCAGAGAAUCUGACAUUUUGGCGAAGAUUGAAAAUUAAAUUUAGUGCUAGUCUUUAUUUUAUGCGGUUUCGAAUUAAUUGGUUAGUUAGUACAUUGUAGUGUAUGAACAUGAUGUGAUUGUGUAAUAUGUUCAAUUCUGUGGAGCAUGAUGUUAUCUUCUUUGCAUUUAUUAUAACAUUGUUAUAAAA